GGCGCAACUGGUAAUCAUUGCCCAUAAUGUUGAUCCAAUUGAAUUGGUUGUCUGGCUUCCGGCACUCUGCAGAAUGAUGGAAAUCCCCUACUGUAUUGUGAAAGGGAAAUUACGAUUAGGAGCCAUUGUUCACCAGAAAACCGCUGCAGCACUGUGUUUGACUACAGUCAAGAACGAAGAUAAAAUGGAAUUCAGCCGGAUUUUGGAGGCUGUCAAGGCAAACUUCAAUGACAAGUAUGAAGAGUACAGGAAGAAGUGGGGUGGUGGAAUAAUGGGAUCAAAAUCACAAGCAAAGACCAAGGCAAAAGAGAGAGUUCUUGCCAAAGAGGCUGCUCAGAGAACGAACUAGACUGAAUUUGGUAAUAUUUUGAGAUUUUGAAACAUUUUGUUACUUUUUAAGAAUCUUGUUCUGCUAUUUUCAGUUUUUGGGAGGUCAAUUACUCAUGUAUGCUUCUUAUUGUAUGUGUUUGGUUUUCGGUUCUGUGACAGUUGAUUCAAUUCCAGAAAAUUUUAACCA